UAUAGUGUUAAUUUUCUUGUUUUUUUAACAAAAAAUGUCUGAAAAUGGUUUCGAUCCUGUAAAUGAAACUAUUGAUCCGCGUGUGCAAAUUGAAUUAGAACGAUUAAAUAGUGCAACAGAUGCAAUAAACAGAUUGGAAGUUGAUUUAGAUGGGGCGCGUGAUGUGUUUCGAUCAUUGUUAUGUGACAGUGCUGCACGUUUGGAUGCACUUUCACGUAAAUUAGGCUCGUGUAUUGAAAAAGCCAGACCAUAUUAUGAAGCUAGAAUACGUGCCAGUGAAGCAGCACGAGAGGCGCAAGAUGCUGCUGUACAAUAUGAACGUGCGAAUAGCGCUCAUAGUGCUGCUAGAGAAAUGGUGUAUCUAGCAGAACAAGGAUUGGGUGGUAAAUGUACAUUAGAUCCAGCAUGGCAAGAGAUGUUAAAUCAUGCCACACAACGUGUAAAUGAAGCUGAAACAGCUCGUGCCCAAGCUGCUGCACAACAUUGUCGUGCUGGUAAACGUUUAGAAGAGACAUCUGUUAUUGCACAAAAAUUACAACGUGAACUUAGAAAAUCAAUCGCAAAGAGCAGUUUAUCGGCACGACGUAAUUUAAUGUUGAUUAAGAUCACGGCAUACCAACAUAAUUUGCUAUUGUUGCCAUAUUUUGAAAUGAAAGCUCAAUUUAAUCAACACUUAGAUUUACAAAAAAUCAAAGUACAGACAUUAGAGAAACAAGUAUGCAACGCAAAGUUAACUUAUGCCGAAGCUUUACGUCAUUUAGAACAAAUAUCAGAUGAAAUUCAUCGAAAUCGAAAAAAAUCAAAAGCAAAUGUAUAUCAUGAAAUUGAUUUUAAACAAAAAGCAACUGCACAAAAUUAUAAAUUUGAUAAAUUUACCAACGAUGCCAACAACAAAAAUCGAUCAAAUCGAUAUUCAGAUCCAAUUGGUUCGUUCCCAGAUUAUCCAUAUGUACAAGAACCAUCGUCAGGCACAUCCGUAUUUUACAAUCAAACAUACAUUCCAGAAUCACAAAGUAUUGAAAAAGGUUUUCAAUUUGAUAAAAACUUACAGAGAACUCAAAGAGAUAUUGAAAAAUUGGAUGAAUUUAAAACACUUCCAUCGAACAUAUCACCAAAGUCAUCACCAAUUAAAGUUAAAAACUACCCCGAAGAAGUUACUGGUUAUUGUAAUUUACCAAAUUCGUUAAAUGUUAAAAAAACAUGGAAUGCGGAUGAUGAAUCAUUGCAACGUGGUGGAGGAGGAAUUCCAAAAAGUUUAACUAAUGAAUGGACUGAAAUUAAUUUAGAUUCAUCUAGUCCAGAAGAUUUAGCAUCCGAUUCUAAAAAUGAUAUUCCAUAUGAACGAUUUGAUGUAUCGCCUCCACAACAUGAACCUGAAAAAGUUAUUCAAACGAAUAAUACACCCAAAAAACGAUUGCUGACAAAACAAAUGACAUUGCCUGCAACAUCGUCUUCGUCGUCGGCGGAAGGACGUAAUAGUAGUUCAUUUAAAUCAAAAAUGAAACUGGAUUCAAACAUAUCAAAUUGGAUUUCAAGAUCCUCAGCUAAAAAUGAAGAUUCUUCCGUUUAUAACUCUAGUCGUCGCCAAAGUUUAGACAAUAUUCUAGGACCAACAAGUGAAAAAGUUAAAGAAAUAUUCUCACAUGGUAUCAUGAUGCUAAAUAUAUCAUCGUUAACUGAACGUCGUAAUAGUGAGCCACGAACAACUGAUAGUGUUGCUGCACAACAGACCAGUGGAGAGAAUCCAACUAGUAAAUCGAAUAGUAAUAAAAAAGUUCCAAGUCCGUUGGAGAAAACAUUAACGUACCUGACUAGUAAUACUGAUGAGGAUACAACUGGAUCCGAUACUGAUAGUUUAGCAAGUUGUGAUAUGCUUACUGAAGAACAAAUACAAAGUUUAAUGUUAGAUCGUGAUAUUGAUUUGGUUUGUGAACAAAUAUUUGGAACACCAAUAUCAGAAGUGUGCCCCAAGUUUGCAACCACUACGACAGCUACUUCUACGACUACUGGUGCUAAUCAAACUGCCAUCGCAGCGCCUCCAGAAGCUUCCAUAGAUAGUACAGCAACUUUAACAACAUCCUCCAUUCAAAAUACUAAUUAAAAAUUUUCAAAAAAAGUAAUAUCUCAUUUUUAUUGAAU